AUGGGCUACGUCCCCAAUACCCCCGAAGACCGCCUCGAGCGGUCCGAUUCCAAGAAUCCAAAGACGACCUGCAAAGGUCUCACGACCUCCGGAAAUCUUUGUCGAAAUCCCAUUACUCCCGUCCGAGGAAAGCUACUCUCCCCUACCGAAAAGGAAGAGUCGCUUUACUGUCAUCAUCAUAAGGACCAGGCCGCAAGCCGAUCAACCCAGUCGAGCCCCGGGCCUAGGUUAUCGGGUCGGCCCAUACUCGAAGAGCGUACCAGUAUCGAUACCCUCGCAGACCGCCUUGGCCUUGUCGAUGUCGGAUCGAACCCAACGAAGAAGCAUAAGCGGCCUCGACCUGGUGUGAAGCCAGAGUCUGGCAACUAUGAGAAGCCGCAAAGUGCGGCACGCCCCAAGCCGAAGAAGGGCAAGGAGCUCUCUUGCUGUUUCUGCUUCACAAUUCCUCUCGAAGAAGUUCAAGAGGAACAGACACCACCUCGUCCCCAGCCCCGACCGGUCCAGCAUGGUGGCUCUGCUGCAAUGCCCUCGCGGCCGUCGAACACUCACCUCUCUCCGCCGAGUAACUCCCGACCUCGACCGAGCACAUCGAGCCACUCCCGAAAGAGUUCGAACCCUGCCUCGCCGCAACCGUUGUCUCAGUCGCAGACGGCGCAAUACCUCUCCCUCAUCCCACCCACGACCGACCCGCAGACUGCCUCGGCGCUGAUGGCGGAGCUUGCGCGUCCGUACGGCAGCUCCGAGGAGCCGGGAUACAUCUACAUGUUCUGGAUCAUGCCUACUUCAAAAAAGGCAGGGGCACCGGUGAACGACGCCCGUUCGCUGCUCACUCCGCCCUCGCCUGCUCGCGGCGGGGGACGCCAGCGACGGACGAGCGACGUGGUGUCCUCUGUUGCAAACGCCAGCAAGGGCUCAGCGGACAACAAGAUGCUUAUAAAGAUUGGGCGCGCGGCGAAUGUGCAGCGGCGCAUGCAGCAAUGGUCACGGCAAUGCUCGUAUGACGUCGAAGUCCUGCGUUAUUACCCAUACAUACCGGGCGCCAGCCAGGCUUCGGGAGAACAGCCGCGAAUGACACCCCAUGUGCAUCGCGUCGAGAGGCUGAUUCAUAUUGAGUUAUCGGGAAUGGGACUGCACGCUGGACCGAUUUCGUGCGACGGGUGCAACCAAGUCCACAAGGAGUGGUUUGAAGUGCAGACCUCCAAGAAGGGUAUCGGGGCUGUGGAUGAGGUUAUUCGCAGAUGGACCGACUUUGACGAGACGCAAGUAGCGUGA